AUGAUUUUUCUACAGACACUCUGGAGAAGCCAGGGAGCUGAACUGUGGAAGAUCUCACAUCGAUGAAAGCGCGGCGAAGCCACCAAGCCACCAGCAUGUCCUCAUCCCUCCGGGUCAGCCCGUCCAUCCACGGCUACCACUUCGACACAGCCUCUCGGAAAAAAGCUGUGGGCAACAUCUUUGAAAACAUAGACCAAGAGUCACUACAGAGGCUUUUCAGAAACUCUGGAGACAAGAAAGCAGAGGAGAGAGCCAAGAUCAUUUUUGCCAUCGAUCAAGAUUUGGAGGAGAAAACUCGGGCUCUGAUGGCCCUAAAGAAGAGGACAAAGGACAAACUUCUCCAGUUCCUGAAGCUGAGGAAGUAUUCCAUCAAAGUGCACUGAGCGCAGCAGGAUGGAUCAUACCUUAUCCAAGAAUGGACCUGUAGAGACCAUGUGAGUUUGUGAGCCUCUGGCAGAGGCAGCAUCUUGCUGAUGCUUUGCAAGCUCCUUCCAUCAGAACUCUGAGGAUGGGACAAAACUAACCAGUGUCAAGGACUCCGACUGGUUUCUCGCUUGUGCUGUUACAGUGAUCAAAAUGCCUCUAGCAAGUAGUUGAGGACCCUGUGCAGGAAAGGACUGAUGCAGGAAGAAGAGACCAUAAGAGGCAGCGGGAGCUGGAGGAGAUAGCAGAUGUCCAGGGAAGAUGUGCACCACGGUCACUUGCCAGGCCCCAAGACGUCAAGUCAAACUGAUUUUUUUUUUAAAUUUUCUGUUCUUUUUCUUCUUUUCCUUUUUCUUUCUUUCUUUCCUUUCUUUCUUAUAAAACUGGUCACGGGGAGUGAGGAGGGAGGAGAUCAAAGAAAGUACCAAGCAUAAACUGUUUACUGAAUUAUUUUAUCUGAAUGGUGUUUUGUCUCGAUGUUGUCUAUUACUCUAGAUUCUUAGAGAUCAGAAAUUGACUACUUAUUUGCAUUUAUUAUAAUGUCUGAGAAAGUGCAACAUAUGGUGUUGAGUACAAAGCAAAGAAACCCUGAUGCCUUCCGCAUCUUCACAAAGCCUACGCCACCUUCUGGUUUGUUUCUGAAGAGUUUUAAUACAUUUCAAAAAGUUGCACAAAAGUUAAACUAGUGGGGCCAGUCAUAAAUCUGAAGUACUGUAAAAAAAUUGUCAUUUAAAAAAAAUUUUCUUACUAAUGCUAAAAUACCACUGAAUUAAACUUCCUAUAGCUAUUGCUACUGCAGUGAGCAUUAGGGAGUGAACAUGAUAUGCCUAAUAGUUUGUAAGGAUGCUACCUAUGUUUCUAUAAUUUAUUAUACAUGGCAAGUGAUAUGUAAAUAUAAUAAAUUAUUAUAAACAUAGUUGUUCUCAGUUUGUGAUACUUGGUGUCAAAGAAAAAUAAAAGUAAGAUUGUAAAUUCUGAUUAUUAUAAACUUUUCUAAAGAUUUGACCCCCAAAUGAAAAGAUGCUUUCAAUGUAGCUUUAUACCAAUUACCAAACUUAUACAAUACAAAUUCUUAUACCAAAUAUCUUGGAUGUUUCCCUGAACCAUUUUUUAAAUACAUGGUAUGAAAAAAGCAUUCAAAGACUGAGUUGCCAACAUUGUUUAUAUACCUCCAUUAAAGGUGCAUUUUAAAAGGCUUUA